UUGAGGCUGUCUCCAUCGCCCUUUCCUCUCUUCGACAAGCUAGACUCUCUCCAUUAUCAUAAUCAUCGUUUUCUUUCUCUUUUGAUCUAACAAAAGUCUUCUGGUGCCUCGUCCGUCUCUUUCUCCUAUAAUUUCUUCCACCCGAAGACACUGCUUCCUCUUUAUAUUCUCCAGCUGUGCUGAUCCAUAUACUGACACAUUCUGUGUGAUUGCUAAUGGAGUUGAAUUCCAUUAAAGAUGCAUUUGAUCGUGUUACAAAGAAGCAGAAACUAUCCUGCUCUAAAUUUCAAGAAGUUAUUGACCAGAUUGACCAAGAAUUAGAACAGGCAUUACAAAAACUACAAUCAGCAAAUGGCCUCAACUCCCAACUUGAUUAUCGGUCUGUUCUCGCUGAACUUAAAAUCAAGUUAAAAGGCAGGGCCCCACUAAGUCAGCUGGAAAGCACACAAAAAGAAGUGAAUAUAGCAGCGAGCAAAUAUCCAAAGCUUCUUGAAAAAUCCUUCAAUCCAGAUAUAUCAAAGGCUUAUAGAAACGUUGAACUUAAUACACACACAGUUAAUGAGAUAAUAGCCAGCCAUCUCUACAGGCAGGGUUUAUUUGAAGUUGGUGACUGUUUUGUGGAAGAGACCGAGGAACCAGAAUCUGCACAUGCAAUGAAAUUACUAUUUCAGGAAAUGUUUCAGAUACUUGAUGCCAUGAAAUGUCGGAAUGUACAGCCUGCACUGAAUUGGGCUGUUGCCAACUCUGAUAAACUCAAUGAAAGUGGGUCAGAUCUAUUACUGAAACUUCAUAGCCUGCAAUUUAUAGAAAUACUGCAAAAGCAAAGCAGAGAUGAAGCUCUCCAGUAUGCUAGAACUUACCUUUCUUCAUUUGCUUCUGACCAUAUGCCUGAAAUUCAAAAGCUUGUGAUUUGUAUCUUGUGGACUGGAAGGCUUGAUCGUUCACCAUAUGCGCAACUAUUAUCACCGACCAAUUGGGACAAAGUCGCUGAGGAGCUAACCAGGCAGUUCUGCAACAUUCAAGGGCAGUCUUGUGAAAGUCCAUUGACUGUAACAAUAGCAGCAGGGGCCCAGGGGCUACCCCCUCUUCUGAAGUUCAUGAAUGUAAUGACCGGAAAGAAGCUGGAAUGGCAGACUAUGAAGCAGUUGCCUGUGCCGGUUGAGUUGGACAAGGAGUUUCAGUUCCAUUCCAUAUUUGUAUGUCCAGUCUCUAAGGAGCAAUCCACCGAAGAUAAUCCGUCAAUGUUGAUGUCAUGUGGCCAUGUGCUUUGCAAGCAAUCUAUCACAAAGAUGUCAAAGAACAGCACAAGAACUUUCAAGUGUCCAUAUUGUCCGUCUGAUAUCGAUGCAACAAAUUGUAGGCAGUUGUAUUUCUGAUGUGUGUCCCGAGUUGUUAAAAAUGUUGUCCCUUUUCGUUCUUGUUCUCUUUGAUAAACUGGGUUAAAACUUGUAGUAAUAGAAACUAUGCUGUGUGGCCUUGGUAACAGAAGCUUGUGUCUUCUCAUGUAUUCCAAUCAAACCAUUUGUUGUAAAUAGAAAUUCUUUCUAAGCUCUGGCAUUGCCGGCAAUGAAAGGCGAUUUCAGCUUCGGAGACUAACUUCAAUGGGAGCCUGUAGCAUCAGAGGAGAGAGCAGAGAAGUUGGCAAGUGCCUGGAUCCUCCCUUAACUUUCUCAAGGUCAUUGGAUUCUACAGGGAAAUGGAGUUUAAAGACGAUAAAAAAGAAAUUGUUUACUUGUUGAUGUACCAUUUCUUGUUCGUUUUUAUGUUCAUUAUGCUUGGAUGAAUUAUUCCAUUUGCAAAAAAAAUCGUAUGUUUCUAGU